AUGUCUUCGGAUAUACCUGGCUUUUAUUACGAUGCAGUUCAACGACGUUAUUAUCGUAUAACGUCUCAAUCGUCGAAUGCUGUUCCCAGUGCUCGUGCGAUCAGUGAUCGAGCUCGGCAAGAAGAGCUGACUAGCAAACAGCUCGAUUUGAUCAAUUCUCCUUCGAAACAGCAUUCUGUACGAUAUAAAGAAAAGAAACGAUUGAUUCGAUCUCGUCUAUCUCUACUUCGACAACGAGAAUAUGGACAACGAUCGCGUGACUUCUGUCAUAACUAUCUUCGAUGCAAUCUCAUUGAAACACUUUCAUCAACAUGUUUCAUCGACACUGCGUCGUCAUUCUCUCUCGAAAAUCCAGCCGAACCUUCCAUAAACUAUGACAUGACAAUUACGACUUCUGGUCAAUGCAUCCGCUUGAUAAACUACAAAUUCUAUCUAAAUCUACUCAAAAAUCCAACUCACAUUUAUCAACUGCAAACGAAUCCUAUCGACGAUCGUCGUUCAUCGUAUUUUCUUGAUUCAUUUCCUCCAUUCAUGUCCGCAACACUACUACAGGAUGAAAAUCAUGUCAAUAUUCGUUUUCUUCGCUUUUCAUCCAGCCAAUCAGCACAUACACUACCAAUGCUAUCAGCCGAUGCAUCUGCACCUGACUAUUACUACGAAGAAACUUGCCAAACUGUUCAGUCAUCGUCUUCAUCAUUCACUCAUACUUCACCAUUGAUGAUCAAGUGCUCUGGUCCAUGCUGUUAUUCGAAAUUAUUGAAUCAGUUUGCUUUUAACAUUAACAAUCAUGUAUACAUUUAUGAUUUUCAAACAUUUCAAUCCAUUUGUUCGUUGCGCGUGCCUAUUCGACGCGUGACAUUAACUGAUAUGAAAUUUUCCUAUGAAAACUCGAAUAUUUUAUACACAACGAACGGACAUCAAUUUCAACAAUGGGAUCUCCGUCAAUCGAACUACUCCACCUCUACCCGAAUUCCUAUUCUCUGUUCAAAAAUUCAAUGUUUACAAACGCAAUCAAAUUGCAUCCUAACCAGUUCAUUCGACGAACGAAUCAAUCUAAUUGAUCUACGACGUCCAACGAAACCUUUACUGACCUAUGAUCUUUCAUCAACAUCGUCCAACAAUCCGCAUUUUUCGUUCACAAUCGAUACUGAUACUGAGCAUUUCAUCGCUGCAUGCUCUCAGCAUCAUAUUGUUCACAUCUGGGACUUGAAUUCAGGUCGAUUGUUAAAUCGUUUACGAUGUCCGAUACCUAAAAAUUUUCUCAACGCAUCUGCAAAAUGUUCGAUAACAUCUUUUGAUAACACCCCCGUCCUAGGAAUUUAUCAUCCGGAAUAUUGUCGACUGACUGGCUUGAUGAAUCGAUAA